AUGGACCCGUCGCACUCCUUGCCUCCACCUUCCCCGUACACCUUCCCAAUCAUUCCAAAUUUCUCUCUGGCUUCCACCCCUCCCUCCACAUCGCCAUCGCCCAGCCUUGCAUCCACUGCUGUGUUCUGCUCCUUUCUCUCCCUGCUCUCCCUCCUGGGCAUCAUAGGCAACCUGUACACUCUGGGCCUUCUUCUGAGGCGCAGGAGGAGCAGGAGGAGAAGCAGAGUGGGACUAACAUGCUGCUUAAUGAGAGUACCUGCACCCUCUUGCCUUUCCAAUUCUUCCUCUCUCUCCCCCUCCUCCUCCCCCCUCUCCUCUUCCUCCUCCUCAUCCUCUCUUCAUCUCCAGGUGCUGAGCCUGGCUCUGGCCGACCUGCUCUACCUGUUCACCGCCCCCUUCAUCGUCUACGACAGUCUGGCGUCCGACUGGGCCUUCGGCGAGCUGGGCUGCCGCCUCCUCUUGAGCCUGGACCUCCUCACCAUGCACGCCUCCAUCUUCACCCUAACCGCCAUGAGCCUUGACCGCUACCGGGCCGUGGCGCACCCCCUGCACACCUCCUCCACCAACUCGUCGGGCCUGCUGCGAGUGAGCUUGGCUUGGGGGCUGGCGGUGGCAUUGAGCUUGCCCAUGAUGAUCACCCUGCACCUGGAGGAUGGGGAAAACCAGGAGGGUCAACUGUGUGUGCCCGCGUGGGACGAACAGAGCUCCAAGGCUUAUUUGAGCGUGCUCUUCUGCACCAGCAUUCUCGGCCCGGGCCUGGCUAUCGGAGCUCUCUACGCUACUCUCGGCCGACUUUACUGGGUGUCUCAGACCCGGGCUCCAUGGGGUACUGGCACUAGUACUGCUUGCCCUGCCCGUGCUCCCAAACCCAAAGUCCUGCUACUCAUCUUGGGCAUCGUCCUGGCCUUUUGGGCUUGCUUCCUCCCUUUCUGGAUCUGGCAGCUCCUGCCUCUAUACAAGCCCGACAUGCUGAGGACGGUACCGGUGGGCACUCAGGUGACGGUGAACCGGAUCCUCACAGGACUGACCUACGGAAACUCUUGUGUAAAUCCGUUCUUCUACACGCUACUGACUGGGAAGCGAAGAAGCAACCGCCAGACGCUGACAUCAGUGAAUCAGCUCUGCCGCAAGAGCAGUCCGCUGCAGUAG